GCAGUGUUGUCGUGGAGUCUGAUGGGCGGGAGUGCGCAGACACGGAUAUGUCUGUCGUGGCUCUUAUUAGACAUUCUCUGCUUUUGUCUGUGUUUAGCUCCGGACCGGUCAACCGUUCAAAGCGAUAACUACGAUAAAAUAUGACCUCACGUUGGACGAUCUCAAAAUCCAAACUUUGGUUUUAACAAGAGGUAGUGUGCUGAAUGGAGUCUGGUUGGACCUGGCCAUGGACGGAGGCAACUGGGAACAGCUCCGUCCAUGUGGACAACAGCACCUGUUUCAGCGCCACCCAGAGCACCGUCCUGAUGGGGAACCAGUUUGGAGGGGUACCUGUCGUCCUCCUGCUGGACUUCAUAGUGUUUCUGGUGCUGCUGCUGCUCUUCACGUUCAUCAGGAGGAAGCUGUGGGAUUAUGGACGCUUGGCACUGGUGGCUGACAGUGAAGGGUUUGAGUCUCACCGUCGUUAUGGUCGCAUGUCCUCGGUUAUCUCAAAAGGAGAGGAACCUGAACACGAGAAGGGUCUGUGUUCCUGGCUCACUUAUAUCAUUAGAAUGGAUAUGGCAAUGGUGAAAGAGCGUUGUGGAGUGGAUGCGGUUCACUACCUGUCGUUUCAGCGUCACCUGAUUGUGUUGAUGGUACUCGUGUGUGUGCUGUCCGUGUGUGUCAUCCUGCCUGUCAACCUCUCCGGGAAUUUACUGGGAACUGAUCCAUACAGCUUUGGGAGAACCACCAUAGGAAACCUGAAGGAAGGAGACAGACUGUUGUGGCUACAUACGGUUUUUGCAGUAUUUUAUCUUGUCCUGACGGUGGCACUACUGAGACAUCACACCUCUCAGAUGAAGGGCACACAUAGAGAUGAGGCCAGAAGUACACUCUUCGUCUGCUCUGUCCCCAAAACCGCCAGUGAAGAAGACAUCAAAACACAUUUCAUGGAGGCUUAUCCCACUUGUCAGGUGACUGAUGUCCGCCUCUGCUACGAUGUGUCUAAAUACAUCCAACUGGCCAAAGAAAGGAAACGGGUGGAGAAGAACCUGCAGUACUACCAGAGAGUCCUGGAGCGUCAUGGCAAGCGUGAGUUCAUCAACCCGCGCCUGUGUGGGUACCUGUGCUGCUCCGGAUGCCAAUGCCACGCCUGCCAGGAGGUGGAUGCUUUAGACUACUACAGUUCCCAGGGGGCUGUUCUGCUAGAGGAAGUGAAGAAACAGAAGCAGGAAGUGCCACAGCAUCCACUUGGCAUGGCCUUUGUAACCAUGCAUACUGAAUCCAUGGCAAACUAUAUUCUGAAAGACUUCAACGCUGUGGACUGCAGUGGCGGGGGUGGCCGGGAACCACAGCCAUCAGCCAAUAGCGCAAGCCUGGACGUGAGAAAUUGGCGAAUCACACGGGCAGCACACCCCAGCAACGUUUACUGGGAGAAUCUGUCAGUUCAGGGCUUCCGAUGGUGGCUGCGUGUGUUCCUCAUCAACAUCAUCAUCUUCAUCAUGCUCUUCUUCCUCACCACACCCUCAGUCGUCAUCAGCACCAUUGACAAGUUCAACGUCACCCAGCCCAUCAAGGAUCUCAAUAAUCCCGUCAUCAGUCAGUUCUUGCCAACUCUACUGCUGUGGACCUUUUCAGCUCUGCUGCCAACUGUAGUAUACUAUUCUACUGUAUGGGAGGCCCAUUGGACCAGGUCCAGUGAGAAUAUGAGCAUGAUGUAUAAACUCUACAUCUUCCUUCUCUUCAUGGUAUUGAUACUGCCCUCUCUUGGCCUAAUAAGUCUGGAUCUGUUUUUCCGCUGGCUGUUUGAUCGGAAGACUGAAGGCAGUGUGAGAUUUGAAUGUGUUUUCCUGCCGGAUCAGGGAGCAUUCUUUGUGAACUACGUAAUUGCGGCAGCCCUGAUUGGUUCAGGGAUGGAGCUGUUGCGGUUACCAGGGCUACUAUUGUACACCAUCCGAAUGGCACUGGCACGUUCAGCUGCUGAGAGGAAGUACGUCAAGCAGAACCAGGCUUAUGAGUUUGAGUAUGGGGCCAUGUACGGCUGGAAUCUCUGUGUGUUCACUGUUAUCAUGGCCUACAGUAUCACCUGCCCAGUCAUUGUACCUUUUGGUCUUUUGUAUCUCUUUCUGAGGCACCUGGUAGACAAACAUAACCUGUUCUUCGCCUAUCUGCCCGCCCGCUUGGAGAGGCAGGUGCACCUGGGAGCCGUCAAUCAGGCCCUCGCUGCACCAAUCAUCUGUCUGCUCUGGCUCUACUUCUUCUCAGUGGUCCGGACAGGCUUCAUGGCUGAGACAUCGAUCUUCACCCUGGUGGUCCUGUGCAUCACCAUCUUCAUCUGCAUCGCCUACUCCUGCUUUGGCCACUUUAAGUACCUCAGCCCCCACAACUACAGGUUGAAGGAUGAGAAGGAGGAAGAGUGUGACAGAACACCAGCCACCUCUGAGGGCUUGGUAUACGCCCCCAGAGUGUUGACCUCUGACCCUGAGCAUGAUUGGUCAGACAGCCGACCUGUCCACCAGUCAUACGGGACCACAGAUUGUAGCCCCACCUUCUUGAGCACAGAAGAGGACCUACAGGAGGACAUUCAAGAGGAGCCUUAGAUAAAGGCACUCCUACGACUGUGGUACCCCAAAACCACUGUGACCAACAACAUGGGUGGGCACAGCCACAGGAAGCGAGACUCUCGUUAGUGUUCAGAAUCUCAGGAGACUUUUGAAAGCCACAGCCAAACCAGUCUCUUCCUACCCCUGCGAAAGACUACCUGCUGAAGCCAAAGAUUGAACCAGUGUCUAUAGCCAGUAGACUUUUCAAAGAAAAACAAAUUCUGUAACUUAGAGGUUCGUAUUAGGUGUCAUGUUAAGGGGUUUUAAACCAUGUUGUCUUCCGUCCAGAAAGCCUCUUGCAGGAAAGCAACAGGUGUUCUCGCUGAGGUGACGGUACCUGAAGGUAGACUACAGCCCCUUGUGUGUCAGCUGAUGCUAUGAAAGGUUUGGCCCUGAUCUGUGUCAAACCACAGCCAAAUAUGUGUUACUGUCCACUGCUAUGUGGUGCAGGGGUUUGACCAAUCCAGAGGACCUUCACAUAAAAAGCGGAGGGUAAAUGACCGAUCAUUUCAAGCGACCUUGUGUGUUAAAGGAAGAGCACAGAUCUUUGAGAAAGUUUCAUGGUACUCACUAACUGUCAGUGUAAGGGCUGCGUUGUUAACAACAAAGUGACAUGCACACACAUCUCUGUGGACAUAACACACAUAUACCGCAAACAGGAUACGCACACAUUUCUUUUUAUUUUGUCAAUUUCAAUAAGAUAUACUACACACUCAUACACACACACGCUUCAUGUUUCCAUAAGCAUUUCACGUUGCUCUGCUCAGUAGUAAGGAUAAGGUGCCGCUCUGGGCCAGACCUGGGCCAUCUGUGUGCCAGAGGUGGCUCUAGCUGCCAUGAAAGCAUUAUACCCCAGUGAGACCAACCCUUCUUGGCAGCUGUGCCAUAUGUGCGCAUUAUAUCUGUCAAUGCAAGUGCCUGGCUGUGUCAACCAGGGGGGUAUUCCAAGUACGUGGUUUAGUGACAAAC